UAAUUUGACAACAAACACGCUAACCACAAAAAUUGUUCUGUUUUAUAUCCAUGAGAAUGUGAAAAAACCCAUGAAAAAACAAAAAUUCUCUCCGAUGUAUCACGCAACUGUAAGGAUUGAGAAAAUUGUUAAGAAGCUCUUUUCGUCUUGGCGCUGUUGAUAGAAGGAAUAAGAAGAAAUACAAAAUGAUUCUAACCAAUCGAAGCAGAAUGAAAAUAUUUCGUUUCCGAUGAAAAUCCCUCGCGAUGAGAAAUCGCUCGUCCGACGAGUCCGAUGAUUCCGAAAAUGCCGAUCCAGCAGAGAAAAAAUUAUGGUGCAGGAGCCGCAAAGUGGAUUCGUUAAAUUGGAACAUCAACCGCGAACUGUUCGUAGCUCACGUGGCCACAGAGCAGAAAACCACAAGUCCUCAUCCCGCGAGUGGUCAAAAAAGUGACGCUGUGAAAUCAGUUAAAUCGAAAGCCUCGAAGGAGCCCAAACCCAGAUCAAAAUUAAGGGACAGAGCCACUUUGCUCUGCGGGAAAUCUAAAACCCCGAAAGAUCCCAAUUCUUCGAAGCCCCAACCAAAAUUGAAGGGCAAAACCACUUCGAUCUGUAGAGGACGUCAAACAAAUUCCCAAAAAGCUUCCUUCUGGUGUUGUUGCAAACAAAGUGACAAGAGCGCAGACUCUGCGCCCUCAAAGUCGAAGAAAAAUAAAAAACGAAAAAAAAUUAAGAAAACGAAUGAAAUUGCAGUCGGAGAAAACGAAUCGAGAGGAAUACAAGUACAAGAGGAAAAAUUCAUUGAAAAAAAACACGAUGAAUUACGCGAAGGGGAAAACGAACGCGUCCAGAAACUUCGUGACGACGAAAAGACUUUGAAAUUUCAUGAUCACAAAGAAAUUCAUUCCGAAAGAACUCAGGAAACUUCUCCUCCACAACACAUCGGGAUUCCCGAUCAAACGCGUUUCGAAAGGCCCAAUAAGGAAAUAGUUCGGGAAAAACCUGAUCCAAACGUCGAAAUUUCGCCGCUGGUAACUGCAGGCACAUCCGUAGACAGAACGAAAACCUGCUGCUAUCUCUGCGCCCAAAACGCUACGGUCAUUCGUGAAGCCCUCGAAACGUUGAUUACACCAAAACGUAUUGAGCGCAGAACCGACACCAAAAGCACACAAGUGGCGGAAAAGUAUCGUGUGAAAACGAAACCAGAACCGAUCGAAACUUUCGAGCGUAGCACCGCGUACACGCGAUCUGAUCUGCCGAACGAACGCAAAAAAAGUCGAAUAAAAAAGUGCAAAAUAUCGAAGUACAUCAGAAACGUGUUUACGGGAGAAUCGGUCGGUGCGCGCGAUGCUACUCCGUCGAUAAGAACCAGGCAAACGGUCUGUUGCAGAAAUAACUGUCGAUUCGCCAAUUGAAUCAGAUAUGGUCGUACAACAAUAAAUUUGUUGGAGAUAAUCA